AUGCCUGUCGAGCUCUUGCUGAAGAAAAUCACAGCCGAGAUGGUGUCUUCAAAGUACCCAGCAUCCACUCUAGGACUGUGCGUUUACAUGGCGAAGAAGGACGGCGACUGGCUGGACGCGAGCGAUAUACCAGCCAUAACACUUGAUGAGAAUCGCCACCCUGUUCUACUCGAUGAAGGCGGAAUAAUGCAAGUCUUCGAGGAGAUGGAUGUUACCAAGUUCAUUAACGACACCAGGUACUUCGGACCAAACUUUGAAGUGGGCGAGGGCGAAGUUCGCGUGCUGGUGGUUAACAGAACACUGCGGAAUGCGCCAUUCUCGCAUGGGAAGGCCCCAGGGGAAGGCCCCAUGGCAAUACUGAUGACCCGCCAGGGCACUCGUGCCCAGCAAAAGAUGAAGCGCUCCGUCCGUCGCAAGGUCGGCAAUGAUGCGAGUGGGAACACUCUCGAGUUGCAAGCGCUGUCCCUUGAUGAUCCAUCUGACCAAGUCCAAGCUGCCGGUGAUCACGUGAUGCUACCCCCUGCUAGCCAGGAACCCAUGCCACGAGCCAAGAAAAAGCGAGGGUCGAAAACGAUCAAGAUCUACAAGGGCUUUCGAUAUUGCAAGAACUGGUACUCGAAGAAGCACAUUGCAUAUCGCUGCAGUACUUCGAAGACUUCUGGCUGUAAGGCCACGCUCAAAGUAACCCCGGCCGCUGUUUGGUGGGUGGAGGGUGAGCACACGUGCCGUCCGGUCCCGGUAUUGAAUGGGCAACUCAAUGAUGAGACCGACGCAAUGAAACGAACUACAGAUCAGCUAGCAACCCAAAAUCCAACAAUGCCAGAGGGCGACAUUUGGGAGCAAGUAUGCGAGGCGUUCUACGGUCCCGAUAGAGAAGAGCUGUUAGACGGAUUGACAGAGGAGCAAGUUAUCGGGCGUAUCCGUCGCAUUCGCCGCCGAUACUACGGUGGUGAUAUUCACGGAGUUGUGGAAGUCCCUCCCUUCUCCAAAGUGAAAGACUCGGCCAUCCCAUUCUUCCGGUUCCAUUUGACUGAGUCCAUGUACGACGAUAUCCUGCAUCUCAUCUACCGCGACACCGGCAAAAAGCUCAAUCCUACAAUUGCCCAUACUCACGCCCGAUACUACAUCACAGAGUGGAAUGUGUUUGGUAUCGCCAAUACUAUCGUGGCGCGCACAAACAACCCCUUGGAGAGGUUUAACAAGGAGAUGAACGCCGCGUUCAAGCCCCACCCCAAGCUUCGACACUUUGUUUCUACAAUUGCCAAAUUUUCAACUGCUUACGCGCAGCGGCAAGCCAACAUCACGCGAGAUCUACGCAAGAAGAAACAGCGUCCACCACGCAUUGAGUUACCGGCUGCCCCCGACUUAGCAACAUUUGAAGUUCCGCCUGAGUCGGAAGAUGAAGGUGACUAUGAUGAGCUUGGCGACCAGUCCGACGGCUCAGUCGAAUCAGCUGAUCACUCUUCGGAGGAAGAUGAGCCACCCCGAAAUGCGCAGUCGGCCGAAGACUUGCAGCAGGAAAUUGAUGAGCACGCUAACACUUACAACUUCUUCCUUGACUCGGACAGUGACCACGAUCCAGAUGAAGAAAAUGGCGUGGAGGAGUGGUCAUUCUAG